CUUUCAAAAGUACCUUCGCUGACACUUUACACCUCUUCAAAUGGGAAAUUCUUUCUCAACCGUGUUACCGUAACAUCGGGGGUAGUUCCGAUUGAACAAGAAGUGUUAACGACAGGUAUGGGAAAUGACCUGCCAGAUACCAGUUGGUGGUUUGAGGAUUUGUGGUUAAAUAAGAUUGAUGACCUGCUGUAUAGCUUCAUGAGUGAGAGAGACAGAGAGGGAGAGUGAGACAGGGGAAAAGCAUGGAGACCUUUGUCUUUCUGUUUCCUCAAUUCGACUUCUCUGCCCCCAAGGAGGAAGUGUAUUUCAAAAUGCUCGGCGAGACCGUGUGGCGUGCUACCAGAAUGAAAGACAGCCACUCAAGAAAUAAGGACAAGGACAAAGAUAAGGAGAAGGACACAAAGUACAGACUCAGUCUUCUGAUGACCAGGUCUGGUUCGCAUGAAAAUGUGAGCCCAGAGAAAAAGGCACCAAGUAAAACCAUUGACAUUCCACCUGAGGUCGCUUUGAGAUGGAGUGAUUCCUUUGAAGAUCUGCUGGCACAUCCAGAUGGAGUGCAGACCUUCACGCAGUUCCUUCGCUCCGAGUUCAGUGAGGAGAACAUCGAGUUCUGGUUAGCGUGUGAGGAUUACAAGAGCACAGCGUCCUCCGCCAAUCUGCAAUCCAAGGCCAAGCAAAUGUACGCUGUAUUUAUUGAAGCCGAGGCGCCCAAAGAGAUUAACAUCGACCACUCGACCAAGCAAGACAUUCAGAAGAACAUCGCACAACCAACGCAGUCGUGUUUCAAUUCGGCGCAGAGCAAAAUCUACGCCUUGAUGAAGAAGGACUGCUACCCGCGCUUCCUCACCUCAGAUAUCUACCUGAGCCUGACCAAGAGGAAAGCGCCUCCUGCCAUGACCCGGAGAAGGUCUCGAUCUUUUGUUUUCAGUGACCGCGAGGAUAACGCGGCAGCCUGGUUGUAGCGACUCGACGGCAAUCAGUAUAAUAGUUUCUACAAUCGUUAGCUGUGCAUCUUUCAUGCUCAGUGCCUUGCUAGAUUUGCGUCGGACAGUAUUUUCCCCCGGGGCCAGCAAAAUGAAUUGCGCUUAGAUUGCAAUUUCAGCCAAUCGCAGAUUUGAUCGAAUUGAUCACCACCAAGAUUGCUUCAUUUGACUGGCUUGAUGUAUAUGCUUAGCGUAAAAUACUUACUGGUUUUAGAUGUAAAUUUAGCAAGAUAGUGGGCAGGUAGCUACAUACGGGAUUGUGUUAACGUCAGCAAGGUAAAUAUUGAACUUAGACAACGUCAACAUUGUCUGUCUACUAGUAGCUUAUAUUACGUAGCUAUCCAAGUUUGCGCUUGUUGUGUCACUGAUGAUCUACUUAACCUAAAGCUAAUAAUAAAUGGAUUUAAAACGUUAACAAACGUGUUAACAAAGAAAAACGUCUAAUCGAUUGGUAUUGCAAGGUUUUAUGUAAGGAGAGAUUUACUUGACUAUUUUUGUAAAGGAAGGAGUCUCCAGUACCAGAGCUUUGUAACAGCUUUUUAUGGGAAAGUCUUGAAGAUGGAGGAGUAUGCAGUUUGUCAGUAACAUGACAAGCUGUGUUUUGUGUGUGUGUGUGUGUGUGUGUGUGUGUGUGUGUGUGUGUUAGUUGUUAGGUGUGAGAACGAUUGUUUAUAGCUGCUAUAACGCAUGUGAUAACUUGUUUUGCGACAUUAAAGGUAACUAUACAAUUCGGGACGUGAUGCCGUGGGAAAAUAAUCAGCUUUGAGGUGGUAACAGUAACUCGACUCGACAAUAACAUGUCAGGCUACAUGACACCACCCUGAUGCUGGUUAUUUACAUAUAACAGCACACCCAGAACGGUUUAUUCUUUAAUUAGAGCAGAGUCACACGCAAGUUACUGUAGCUAAUCACAGAUAAAGUACUGUAGCCACGUCAUAUGAUUACAUUCGCAAUUUCCUGCUCAUGUUUCACUUAAGCUCCGCCUCUUGUUGUCCAAGGUACUCCUUUCAUUACACAAAAUUCAGAGAUUUCACGGUGAUUCGUAUAGUACAUAUCAGUAUCACAGGUUGUUUUUUCAUUGUUCUUGUUUGGGUUGUUUGUUUUUAGAAUAUCUGUUUACAGAAGUGCAAGUAUUAAACUUUGACACAGGAAAAACAUUUUUCGUGCUAUCAAAAGCUUUGUAUCUUUUUAUGAAAGCAAUGCAGACAUAUUAACGCGCACACAAACUAUUUCACUUUCUGUCUAUAUUAUUGUACUACUGUAUUAUUCCACUCCUAAUAUGCAUAUUAGUAUUGUUUUUGUUGUUUUUACAUUAGGACAUAUUCACAUUCAAGUACUAAUGCAAGCCAUGAAUUAUUUAUUGACUAAAACGUUUCCCUUUGCCAAGCGUUUCAAGCUAAUCUAUUUCUAUCUACAUGAUUACAAUCUUUAGCUUUAAUUUGUAAAUUGUAUAUACAACCUAUGUGAUAAAAUCAUUGUAUAAUAAAAGCGUUUCUCAAUCAA